AUGCGCCUCGACCAGCUGCGGACGCGCAGCACGAGCGCCCGCCCCACGACCAAAGCCGCCGACAGCGAUGCGCGCCCGCGCCGCUGCCACAGCGUCAUGCCGCGCGCGCCCAAGCCGCCCGUGCCCCGCCCACCCGCCCCGUCGCCGGCCUCGCCCUCGUCGUCGUCGUCGGUGUUACUUAAGACCCACGUCAACGCGGUCCAACUACCGCCAGUGGAGAAGCUGUUUUCGCGCGCAGAGCUCGAGCCCCGGACGAAGAAGAAGCUGGUGCGCGUGGCCAAUGAGACGUCGAACGCGCUGAUCAAAGACACGUUGGCACAAGACGAACCCGGAGCGGUCCUGUGGCGCCCGGCCCCGCGUCUGGGCGGCGCGCCCAGCGGCAUCCACGUGCUUCGCGGCACAGCGCGAGACGUGGACAAGGCGAGCGACGCCACGCGCGUCCGCGCCGUCAGUGACAAUGUGCACGCGAGUAUCGAGGAGUUUGCGCUGCUGUUCAAGCUCGACUCGAGUCGCGAAGCCGCCGAUCAUUUACUGCUGUUCAACGCGGAUUUGGUGCAACACGCGACGCUGUAUACGCUGGUGGCGCCGUCUGGGCAGCAGCCACGACGCUACGUCGGGGUCAAGUGGGCGCUCGUGGCGUCGCCGUCACGGUUUUUCCGGAAACGGGAUUUCUGCUACUUGGAGUGUCAAAAAGAGUUUACCGAUGCGAAAGGACGACGGGGGUGGGUCCGGUCGCUCCAUUCGCUGAAGCUCCCAUGCUGUCCGCCCCUGGAGAAGGACUACGGCAUCGUGCGAGCAAGUAUCUAUCGAUCGGGACUCACGGCCGUGGAGACAGAUGAACCCGGUGUGCUCAGCGUCACAUACACGGUCGAGCUUGACCUGAAAGGACGCAUGGCGUUGGAAUUGUUGCAGCCCAAGUUUGUCGCUCAGCGCGUCGCAGCGCUUGCGACGGUGGACAAGCUGCUGCAACAGCAACGACUCAGUAGUAGCCCGCUGCUGGGCGAUUUGGACAUUCCCAACAAAAGACGCACGCAAGGCAGCUGCAAUUUGUGCUUUCGUGAGUUGGCGCUUUCAGGCGGACUGAGGGACACGCUGGCGGCGAUAGCAAACCGAUCCACGAGAUCAAAGCGGUAUGUAUGUCGCAAGUGUGGAGAAGGCAUUUGUCGACGGUGCAGUGACGAUUGGUGGCUUGAUGUACCCGUUGUAGGGCGUACGAAAGUACGCAUUUGCACGGUUUGUUCCGCUGAGGCAAAACAGUCGCACAUUUCAGCGCACGGGGUACAUGCUGGCACCUGCCCGAUCAGGGGAUCCGACAGCGAGUCGUUAACGCAAGUCGAGGGUGAAACCCACCCGAAUUUGCUGGACGCACCGCUGCAGCACGCGAAGCGACACUCGCUGUCGAUGAUGGAACGGUGCGAUAAUGCCGCAUCAUUUUUUGCGCAGCAAGAGGAAAUAAAGCAUGAUCUCGAGUUGCGGGCUACCGAGCUCAACCAACGCGUCAAAAUAUGGGAUGAUAUGCAGGUACACGAGCGCGACACUAGCGUGAGACCAGAUCAGCAGCAGCAGGCACAAAAAGUGUUGUUGCAGGAGCAACGCAAGCGCAAAGCGAAAGCCCGCGAACAAAAGACGGACCAGCUUCUUCGCCAUGUUCCUUCAUCGAGUUUUUUCGUACAUGAAGAAGAGAAACAAGAACUCGAGAUAGAAGUGGUGUCUCAGCAUCCGCAACCCCAGAGUAUCUCUACGCACGAGAGCGAGAAUGCAGAACGACGGCAGCGCGUCGACCAGAUUUCUUCGUCUGUGUCAUCGGAGGACAUCAGUAGCCAGGAAUUUAGUGAUACUGAGGGAGAAGCUGUCAUCAGGCUGACAGCUGAAGCUGGAACUCGACUGUCGUCGCACUACCGCGAUAGUGAUUUGUCGGAUUACGAAGAGCAUACGAUCGAUGGCUUGGGCGAAAUACGCACAACCACGGAUAUUACGCGGUGGUGGCAAGACCAACAGCUGCCAGGCCACGCUGGUGAACAGGAACAGGUCCGUCUGCGAGCAGAUCUCUCUCCGGUUUCGUCGUUGAAGAAGGAUACGCAAGGCGGCAGUCAUAACGGGAAUGAAGGAAAACGUGAAAUGCGUCAAUUGCAACAGCAGCCGGUCCAAGUGGUAUCAGCUGAGAAGCAGGAGUCAGUUCAUGUGUCACAUCACCAGAAACAAGAGUCGAUGAACGAGAUCCAGCAUCAACGACACAAAUAUGACCCCCAGCAGCGACAGCAACUGGAAGAGUUUGAAGAGCUGGCUCGAUAUCAGGAGGAACAGGCGCGUCGUCGUCAGGAGUCUGACUUUGAGGAAAUGGCGCAGUACCAGGAGGAACAAGUUCGUCGCCGACAUCAGUCAGCUGACCCUGCAGUCCGCCGAGGUGAUUCCCAAAAGCCGCACCGUCUCUCUCCUCCGCCAUUGAAUCAGAUCCAGCAACAAAAAGAAAAGUCAAAGCAUAUGCUGCGCAAUCAUCAGGUAGGUGGGGUCGAUCAUUUCGAGUGCAAUGUCCAGAAGAAUGGUUUACAGUCCUCAAAAGAUUGGUACCUUCAGCAACAGCGACAGCAGCACCUUGAUGUGGCGGAAACGAAGCAUGCUUCCGUCGGCGCGAGUCAAGCACUCGACGAAAGUGUUGGCGAUGACGUCGAGUUGAUGGAAACGUCUCAGGGUGAAUGGGUCCCCGCCAACCAGGCCCGUGUCAGUAAGACGGUACCAGCAGUUUCCUCUAUCGUGAGCUCGCCGAGACGCAAUCUUGGAUUCUACAGCUGCUAUGGAUCUUCUGAAGAUAUGUGCGAAAAAGGCUCGGAGAAGCCCAGCUGCAAGUGCAAGACCAACGCGUUCACCCCGACAGAGUCUGUUGGUACUGUUCUAUUCGACGGAAAAUGGAUCAGUACCCCAGGAGCAUCUUGA